AUGCAGUCGCACACCCCGACAGCGCCCUUUGUGCGGCUCGGAGCUCCACAGGCAGCAGUACAGCCCUGGCACGCUUACGGCACGCAAGCGUCUUCCUUCGCGAUGGGAUCGUCAUCUACGGUCCAGCCAUCGUACAGACUGGCGAUGUACUCCGACUUCAUGAACGCCACCGGAUCCAUUCCCACCAGGUCCAGCUAUGCCUAUGCUCCUUCGACGGCGCUCCCGCUUAGCGUGUUUCCUACCCCACUGCCGUGUUCUGUCGCAACCGCAGAUAAAAGUCAGGCCCCAUGGAUGUCAAGGUCCCCACUCCCUUCUGCAAUGGCAAUCACAUACUCUACACACUACCCGGAAACAUCUCAGUCCACGGAAGUUUCCGCUCCUGUUGUCGCAGAGACUGAAAGCCGUUCUCCAGAAGCUCUUGACAGUGCGUCUCCGCUUCAGGAGGGUGGCGAAACGUCCGCAGACAACGAGAAGAAGAAACAUGGGUGCUGGAUGUGUCAUAAGAGCUUUGACAGACCGUCUACACUCAGGAAGCAUCUUCUCGUGCAUACCGGCGAGAAAGCCUUCGCCUGCGAAACGUGUGGUCGUCGCUUUGGCGUGCUUUCUAAUCUCAACAGGCACGCUAAAAAGUGUGCCUCCCGCCCGGUGAACCAAGCCGCAACAGCCAGGGCUGAAGUGCCUGCGACACCAUCCAGCUCUGCGUCGACUUCCAUUGAAUCACCCGCUGACACUGGUGGCGACGCGGCCCCGGUCGCGGGGCCAUCUGGCAGAGGACAGCCUGAAGACCCGACCACUGCUUCCACAGAGCCCCGUCGCAAUCGCAAGCGCAAACCCGCGACAUCGUCUGAAGAUAGCACACCCGCGGCGUCCACCGACAGAGCGGCCAGGCCGAAGCGGAUUCGCCGCGCGCCCUCCCCGUCACGCUGGGUGCCGGACUCUCUCAGACUAUUCGACUUGACACCUAUUGUGAAGAGCACUCCUGUGCCCCUUCCUCCCGUACAGCCCGCCGAGGACAGCAACAUCCAGGCAUACGAGGAAAGGGACUCAUUCGACGAGAACCUCUCUCCUACUCCGUACCAUCCCAACGGCUGGAAGGGCAGGCUCCCCGGGCCAGGCCUGAUGGGAAAGGACGUCAUGAAUACCAGCGGAGGAAGGAUUCUCAUAUUCUAG